GACCGUGUAGGUGGUGGUGAACCCAUGUUAGUCACACAGGUGCAAGCAACCAGUGAGGUGGUGUUGGAUCCUGCUCCUCUCAUCACUUAAAGGACCAGAGUGCUUGGGUUAACUCCACAGCGAUGAAUAAACUGUGUGUGGCCGUUGUCUUGAUGCUGGUUGGGGUGGCGCUGGCAGGAGACAUGAUGAGAAAGUCAAUUGUGUUCGACAAGGCGACGCCAGAGGUGUUUUACUGCCCCAUCGACAAACCCACCUCGUUUGAGAAGAUGUAUGUCCGCUCAAGACCCCUCACCAAGCUGUGCGAGUUCGACGGGAAACGGCUGCCUGAGGACUACAAAAGCGACUGCUACAAUGACGUAGACGAGAGCGAGUACGCCUGCAAGGAGAAGAAGCGUAUUAUGAUGCGAAAAGUGAGUGAAGAGGAGACUGAGGAACAGGAGCUGGCCAUGGCUGAAGCAACACAAAUGGCUAACAACAACAACAACGUUUAAGGCACACUAACUCCAGGCCCAUCACCAUCUAUCACGCCACCGGACAAAGGUUAACUCACGCUCUUAAUGUACAAGGAACGGUAAUAACGUACGGGAAACACAAGCUACGUACGGGAAACAAAAAAAAAAUGUACGGGAAACGGAAACAGCAGGUUCCUCACUACGAGGAACCAGUGGAUAGGGGCACUGUAGUCAAUGUUAUCAGUAAAAUCAAAUAUUUAUUAAUGUUUUAAUGGCACUACGAAGUCAAACUUGAAAUGAAUGUUUAUUAUUAGUGCAGCGGAAUGAUCAAAAAAAAUAUUAAGGCUAUUGUAAUCGUGUGAUGUAAGUGAUAUGAAGCUUCCUCUGGCAUUACCUGGAGGUUACCUGGAGGUUAUUCCGGGGAUCAACGCCCCCGCGGCCCGGUCCAUGACCAGGCCUCCCGAUGGAUCAGGGCCUGAUCAACCAGGCUGUUACUGCUGGCCGCAUUGCCCCUGUCCUUGGAUGGCAUGUGUUAGAUACACUGAUAACACUGUGAUCCUGCAUAAAACAAAUCAUAGCUAAUUACUUGCAUAUUGCAGAUGUAUCUAAAUACUUUUAUUCAGCGUAUUUGUUUAUGCUGCUGUAAUUUGCUGCAUUACGCUUUUGCAAAUGGCAGUUCAAUACAGUAAAACUAUUAAAUUUUGAGAAGAUUUUUAAAGGAUUAUCGACAGUAUGCAAGCGAUUUAAGUCUUGAUUAUCAUGUCAAAACAAUACAAACUAUCAACACUGAAAUAACACAAUAUACAUUUGAGGUAUUAACAACUGCUUAUUCAAAGUAUACACAUUAACUCCAUUUGGCAAAUAUAGCUUGAUAUCAGCACAUACACAUCUAAGAAUACACUUAAUAUGCCUAGAUGUCAACGAUCAAGAUGUGAUGGUGCGUCCUAGCCAGGUCUUCAAAUUUGUUAGGUCAGUCAGUCGCCUGACCUCAUCUCUCCCUCCGUCAGAUGCGCCUCAACCCUCCAGGCAGCGAAAAUGACCCCAAGAGGCAAAAGAGAGUGUGAGGAAGAAGGUUCUGAAGAUGUGCUGGAAUUUCCUGUGUGUGUAUUUAACGAUGAUUGACCCAAUGAACACGAACGGGUUAUCUGUAUAGAUGGAAAGGCACUAUAGACUUCACUGUGGAAGUACACUAGAGUGCUGCGGACGAAUCCAUUAAAAUUUGUCACCAUAUCUGAUUUAAAUAACUAAAAGGACCUUCUGCUCUAGUAAUGUUAUGUAUUGUAUAUAUUUAUUGAUUUUUAAUUCUAGGUAUUUAUAGUACAGUAUAUUCAUAAUGAAUAAGAAAUUCAAGUUGCAAAUAUUCUGUAAGCUCCCAGUGUUGAGAAAAAGGGUAUGUUGGAAGACACGGUAUAAUAAGGAACCACAAUCGAGGAACGACUAACCACCCAGGUAGCCAAAGCUAAAAUUAAAAGUCGCUGUAUAGCCCUUGUGGCUUAGCGCUUCUUUUUGAUAAUAAUAAUAAUAAUAAUAAUAAUAAUAAUAAUAAUAAUAAAAUUAAAAGUAGCUAAAAGUGUAUUAUCAAGUCAGAUGAGCCAAAUAGAUAUUAUACAUUAGCUUAGCCAUACCUACUGAACGUGUGAAGUGUAUUUUUAUACUAAACCUACGUUCAGAAUUUUGUAGUAUUGCUAAUACUAAUUGCAAGUGUUCUGUGUCGUGAUGAAAUGUACGAAUAAUGAUUAAUAUAAUACCAUUUGGCCAGGUGAUCUAGAGAGCUGUGCAAGGAACAUUCUAAUUCACGUUCAUGUUGCAAACAUGUUUAUGCAAGAUUUAGUGUAACUUCAAAUAGGACUCGAAGAUUAUUUAAAAAAAAAAAAGUUGAAAAACGUAUGCAAGAUUAGGAAAUUUUCAUUAGGAUAUGUUGCUCUUAACACAAGUCUCAAUACUAUUAAAAAUGGUUAUAAUUAUGACCAUUAUUUUUAAAGGGGUUGACCGGUAAGCCAGCGGAAGGCCUCGGUCAGAUGACCAAAAGCUCCAACGGCGGGUCAUCAUCUAAGACCCGCGUCAGGAAACACUUGCUCUGUGUCCUGAUGAACCUAACCUAACCUAAGUCUUAAUCCCAUGAUGACUAAGUUGCUGGUAAGCCAAACGCAUCCUAAUGUAAGCUUCUUAACGUUGCACUGUGUGUAUUUUACACGCUUAUCGGUAUUGUAUACCUUGUGAGAUAC